AUGCUCAACCGCCUGGGUGGCCAGCCUGAGAGCUACGACAAGAAGUCCAAGUACAGGUUCGGCCGCACUCUCGGCGCCGGUACAUAUGGUGUCGUUCGCGAGGCCGAGGGCCCUACCGGAAGGGUCGCCAUCAAGAUCAUCCUGAAGAAGAACGUCAAGGGCAAUGAGGGGAUGGUCUACGACGAGCUGAACAUGCUCCAGAGACUGAAGCACCCGCACAUUGUCCGAUUCGUCGACUGGUUCGAGUCGAGAGAGGCAUUGAACCACAUCUGGCUGAGCGGCAAGAACGCCACCGACCAUGACCUACUGCCCGAGAUCCGCACCGCCCGCGAGGCGAGGGCCAGGCUCAAGCACGCCAUCCUGGCUAUCAGUCUCAAGAAGCGCCUCGCCGCCCUCAAGGCCGACGACGACUCGGAU